UGGAAUUCAUAUAAGGCAGUGUGUGCAAUUGUCAUGGAAAUGAUUUGUCCAUUUCAAUUACCCCUCCCUCUUAGUGGAUUCAUUUCCCAUUUUCUCAAACAUAUACGUCUAUGAACAAGCGUAGUGGUUCUAAGGACGGAAUGAAGUUGUUUGUGAACUGAAUCGAAGUUGAACGUUGUUGAGUAGCUGAAGUUGGGUACCGCAGUGCAACAUGUUUGACAUUGUUGAACUGAUAGUUCAUCAUGGAGGGAGCUUUGUUAGGGAUCCUGCAACUACUUACAUUGGUGGUGAAGUGGACAGACUUCGGAUAGAUCCUGAUUACAUUUCCUAUACACAUCCACUGAAAUCAUUAAAGGAAGGCAAAUAUGGAAAUAUUCAUGGACUGUACUAUAAAACAUCAGGGGAGUCAAUGGAGCAAUUAUUGGAGUUAUUCAAUGAUGAGUCCACCUUGAAACCGAUUGUUGUGGCUAGAAGCUGUGGAAGUUGUGAGAUUUAUGUGCAUCAUGGAUUAGAUGAGGUCAAAUUGGUUGAUAUCCUUCCAUUACCUUCUCCAAAUGUGGUGGUAGAAGAACAAAUACAUGGUGAGGUAUUACAACAAGAUGAAGCAUUACAAGCUGAUGGUCAAGGUGAAAAAGAAGCUGAUGAAAACAUGGAUGCUGAAGGAGGUUCUGAAGAUCAAAAUGAUAGGUGUGUUGAAGUUUGCUCAGAACAAGAAGACAUGGACACAGAAGGUCAUGCAGCCAUGGGAGAAAGUGACACACAUGGUGAUGCUGAGAACUCACAAGCUCAAAGUGAGCAUGAUUCACA